GUUUCUUCUCCAUUCAUUUGCAGAGAGGAGAAGCUCACGUCUACAUAAAGAGCAAUAGGCGGUGCUUUAGGGAAGGGCUACACAGUUUUUAAUGAACACUGGCUCUUUUCAACGUGGAAGUAACAGUUUAAUAAUACAGGAGCCUGUUGACUGGGUCAGCUCUGUGAGGAAAUGUCCAAAAUAUUCCGGGCUGUUAUAUUGGGUCCACCAGGCUCGGGCAAGGGGACCAUCUCGGAGAGGAUUGCGCACAGUUUCGGCCUGAAACAUCUGUCCAGCGGAGACUUUCUUCGAGAAAACAUCGCUGCGAACGCUGAGGCUGGUGUUUUGGCUAAGACGUAUAUUAAAAAAGGAUUGCUGUUGCCUGACCAUGUUAUGACCUGCCUUCUUCUGCCUAGAUUGGAGGAGAUAACCACAUACAGCUGGGUGUUGGAUGGGUUCCCUCGAACUCUAGCUCAGGCUGAAGCCCUGAACAGUGCCUGUGAUCUGGAUGUAGUCAUCAACCUCAACAUCCCUCUGGAAACACUGAAGGAUAGGCUGCGUCAUCGCUGGAUACACCCGUCCAGUGGAAGAGUGUACAAUAUGCACUUCAAUCCUCCCCGUGUCCAGGGGUUAGAUGACAUCACAGGAGAGCCACUGAUUCAACAGGAAGAUGACAGACCAGAGGCACUGGUGGCCAGACUGAGACACUACAAAGAUGUUGCCAAACCUGUGAUAGACUUAUAUAAGGCUAAAGGCAUCCUACACACAUUCUCGGACACAGAGACAGAUCGUAUCUGGCCGAACGUCAACACACUCCUCAGCACUAAGAUUCCAACCCUCAAAUCAGAUGCACGGUGUGCUUCAACUCACUGAGGAAAUCCUCUGACAGUCUCUCCAAGAGAACAACGUGGCUUCAUCUCACAAGGGUUACUUAUUCACUACUUUGAUUUCCAAAGAUUCUUUUCUAGUCAUUUUUAUGAUCUCAGAUUGUCUAUAAGUAUUGUCUGCAUAGUGCAAACUUUGGUUAUUUCAGGUCUUGCAGAUAUUUCAUAAAUGUAACUGCUCUCUUUUUUCAGCAAUUUGAAGCUGGAAACUGGGAUUAAGUCUGGGUAAAAGGCAUCUUAUGCUUUACUGAUAUCAAUGGAGUGAUUUUGGCUCCUAGAUUUAAAUAAAACUCAGUGAGGCACCAGGAAAGAAGAGUGAACAAAAUCAUCAUUUCCAUGCAUCCUUGUGAAAUGGGCCAAAUUUUCGAUUGAGUUGCCUAGAGACACUGAACUGUUUAAGCAUUCCAGUCAUUAUUAUUAUUUUUUUUUUUUUUAGCAAGUUUGAGUAUAAUUAUCUUUUCUAUUUCUGUAAAGGCCUUUACUCCUAUCAUUUCUGUCUGUGGCUUUGCCUAUCUUACAUAUUUCAUGGUCUACACUAUACAGAUAUUAAACACCAUACAAGUUUAAAUGUUCCAGUUAUUUGUGUGUUGCACAAGCACUAUAAUUCAAAUAUGUCACAUUCUGUAUAUGCUUUGGGCAAUUGUCUUUAAGUUUUAGUAAAUGAAAUGUUAAUGUGAGGUCACUAUUACACAAGAUGAAGUUGUUGUUGUGAACUCCAGGCCUCAUUCUAUAAAACACAUUGAUAUUUGUUUUAAUUGUUUUCAAACCUCGAAAUCAUAAUCUUAAAUCAUGUUUGAUUGACAGCACUAUAGUAAAUGCCUCUACAUUACCAAAAUGUUAUGAAAUAUCCUGUUUACCAAAUGGUCUGUAAGCUCUGCCUUCUUUUUGAAAACACAUUUUCUAAGGGGACAUACUGUAAUAAUAAUUGCUUUAGCGUUGCGUUUUUAAAAGCCAUUAAAGAGAGAACCUUUGAUGUCACAAGAGAAAAAUUAAUGAUGUUACAAGAUAAUAUAUUUUAACCAAUUGUAAUUUAACAGUGUCUGUGUUCAACCAGAACAACAGUAGCAUCUUGACCUUAUCCAGAUGAUUAAUGCACUACAAUUUUACCAUAAACCACAGAUUAAGUUACAGCCCUGGGUGCCACCUGUCCCAUAAACAAAGAUAAACUCAAGGAUUACACACUCAGUAUGUUAGGUACAUGUAACUUUAUAUGUAUAAAUAUAUAUUGUCUCUGUUUACUUUGGCUUUAAUUCUUUCUGUCUUCUCUCCCUUGCUCUCUCUCUCUAUGUUUUGAGAUCUUUCAGCCUGCAUUUGCAGAAAAGGGCUGGAGAAAAAACUAAAUAUCUCCACACCCUCUUGCUGUGCAAUACCACACACGACAAUUCACAACUUAGUGCUUUCCUUUUACAAAUAAAUAAAUAAAUGUAUUUUCUCAGAAA